AUGGUUGCAAAUGCUGAAGGAAUCACACGUGAACGUAUCAUCGGAGGAGGGAUUGGGGGCUCAUCCGCAGCAUAUUUCCUGCAAGAAUUGUUUGGAGAAAAUAAUCUAACAACAGACGUUUUUGAAUACAAUAGAAUUGGUGGAAGGUUGGCGACUGAAGUCUUGAAAGGAAAUUAUUAUGAAGCAGGAGGUGCUAUUAUUCAUCCAAGAAACAAAUAUAUGAGUGACUUUGUUGCUUUAUUUGAUUUGAAGAAAAGAAAUGGUGGUGAACCUUCAGCAUUUGGUCUUUACGAUGGUGAAGAUUUUGUUUUCUCAGAGAGCAGUGAAAGUUGGCAGUUGUGGAAUGCUGUUAAACUAUUAUGGCGCUAUGGAAUAGAUACUUUUAAACUUAAAAGUUUUAUAGAUGAUAUGUUGGAUCAUUUCAGCAGAAUAUACACAUUACAGGAUGAAGGAGUAUCUUUUGAAUCUGUGGAAGAAAUGUUGUUUGCGAUGAAUAAAGAAUUUGUAAAAUAUCUGCAUGUCUCAUCAGAAGAUGGCUUCAGAAACAGUGGCUUUUCAGAGAGAGUUAUCAGUGCAGUAUCUGUUGCUGGUGGAACUCCUGGUUUGUGGGCAGUAGAAGGGGGCAAUUACUUAGUGGCUGAGAAGCUUUUGGAAGCUUCAAAUGCUACUCUAAUCAAAGGCCAAGUAAUGAAUGUAACAUUGCUGCCUGGUGGAGAGAAGUUUCAACUAUUUUUUUCUAGUCCACAACAGAAGAUUGAAUCCAGAAUUUAUGAUAUUGUGAUACUUGCUGCUCCAGUAGCUGCGAAUGUAAAACCAAAUAUUCAGUUCUCUGGUUUUCCUAGUGCCUUCACUUUUCCUGGAAAAUAUCACCAAACUGUGUGUACUAUAUUAAAAGGUGAUCUAAACAACAAAUUCUUCAAACUUGAUAAAUAUCAAAUUCAGGAAAUUUUGUCAAUAAAUGGUAGCUUAUUUUUCAAUUCUAUAGGAAGAAUUUAUCCUGUUAAUUCAAAGAAAAAGUGUGAUAAAUGUUUUGUUUGGAAAAUAUUUUCUCAGAUGCCAUUGCAAAAAGAGGACUUGCAAAAAUUAUUUGUUAAUAUUGAAGAAAUGAAAACAAUUUCAUGGAGAGCUUACCCUCAUUAUGAUACUAAGCACUUUUCUAGGAAUUUUGUAUUGUAUAAAAACUUGUUUCAUAUAAAUGCAAUAGAGUGGGCUGCGAGUGCAAUGGAAAUGAGUGCUGUGGGAGCAAAGAAUGUAGCUUUAUUGGCAUACAAAAAUUGGUUUAAUCAUACUAGUGAUGCUUAUAAACAAACUGCUACAAAGGAGGAAUUGUGAGUGUGUGUGGUAAUCAUCAAAUAGUGAUCUCUAGUUUGAAAUAGUUUUUUAUUGCAUAGUAAUAAACAAAUGAGCACAUGAACUUCAAAACUUGUAAAUAUUGUUUUGUUUUUGAUUUGUACUAGUUGAAUAUUCAAAUGGCCAUUUAAUUUAUUUAUAUCUUUUGUACAUAUGUAAAAAUGAGAAGUUAAUUUAGUGUUCUCAAGCAAAGCAGUGACUAUUUGCCCAAUAGAUCAAGGGAAAUUACAUAAAACCCGAUUGGGUUGGAUUCAUUAAAACAGAAGCUGAUGGCAAUAGUUGGUACAGGUAUAUUCAGUCAUUCAGAGUUGUACAAUUUAUAAUUUCAAUAUUGUAAUGUGGGUUGUCUUAUUGUAAAAUAAAUAUAAUUUAGUUUUUCAUAUUCAGUACAAUUUAAUUGCUUACAACAGUUGCAUAGCAGAAAAUGUUUUCAUGCCAUUUGAACUUGUGUAUCCAUUUUGAUUGUUUAACAUUCUCUAGUAAUUGGUGUACAAUGUACAAGAAUUGCAUGUACUAUAUUUGUUGAGGAUUAUUGAAACAAACACCUGCUGAAUACGUUUCCUGCAUCAUGUUAUAUUUGUCAAUAUUGGUAUUGCAUUGCAAAUGGGUGUCCACCCUUGAAUAAGUACUAUGCUUCAACAAAUCUUCAGUAAAUGAGUUAAGGCAAUGGUUGGAUUCCAAGCUCAAUAAAAAGAGGCUUGUCCAUAUCACAUGGAUGCCUUUUGCCCAUUAUGUGGACCUUGUACCUCUCCCAAACUUCCUGAUUUUUUAGAUAUGUUUUAUGUAUACUUAACUAUGAAUUGUUAAUUUAAAAAAAUUGAGCUACAAAGUUUACAUCUUGUUUUUCAUACCAUUUAAUAACUUAAUUUUUAAACAAGAAAAGUAUUGAUGCAACCUGGUGAAAGACCUAACUAAAGCUGUUGCAACAUUCAUAUGAACUGAAAUGUUACUGGGAUGCAGGGAUGGAUAGGAGGGGAAGAGGAUUUCAAUUUGACUUCCCAAGCAUUUUUAAAUACUUUUAAAAAAAAUGAAAAAUGUUUUAUCAAUCGCAAUAUUUUUUAUAAUGCGAUUCGUAUGUAGGAAUUUGAAUAAAUUUAGUUAAAUUACAUUAUAAAAAUUUUAAUCGAAGGGGGAUGUAGCCAAUGUUUUGAAUUAGUUUUACAUUCUCGUCUCGCUAGGUACCA